AUGUCCCAGCAACCACCCAGCUUUUUUCCUACGGCUGCUAUCGACCAUGCUUUCGCGGGGCUGGGCGCAGGCGUCGUCGCGGUGCUAUGUAUGCACCCCCUAGAUCUACUCAAAGUCAAAUUCCAGGUCGCAACCGACAAGCCGCGAAGCGGUGUCGGAAAGCAAAUUUGGUUUGCCCUGAAGGACAUUAAGGACCAGCAGGGUUGGCGUGGUCUGUACAGAGGUGUGGGACCAAAUCUUGCCGGUAAUGCAACAAGCUGGGGGUUCUACUUUCUGUUCUAUCAUAUGUUGAAAACCCGUGCGUCCGGUGGAGAUCCAGACUACAAGCUGUCUCCGGGAUCCUAUCUUCUUUGUUCUGCCGAAGCGAGCGCUGUAACUGCUAUCAUGACAAAUCCCAUCUGGGUGGUGAAGGUGCGCAUGUUCACAACACGGCCAGAGGACCCGACGUCGUAUCGCAAUCUCUGGCACGGCCUAUCGUCAAUAUACCGCACCGAGGGUGUCGGCGGCCUGUACCGCGGAACGUCGUUAGCCCUCUUGGGCGUGAGCAAUGGUGCCCUUCAGUUUACGACCUACGAGGAAAUGAAGCGAUGGGGCUUUGAACGGAAAAGAAGACAAUUCAUUGAGGCUGGGAAGAAGUAUACCCCAGGAGAUGAUAAACUGUCCAACACUGCUUACACCGUAAUGUCAGGUGCUAGCAAAGUCAUUGCCCUUGCACUAACUUACCCGUACCAAGUAAUCCGAUCUCGUAUACAAAAUAAUGCAACAGCAACCUUAUACCCCACCAUUCCCGCCUGCAUAUUCCGGACCUUCCAUGAAGAAGGCGUUCGUGGAUUUUACCGUGGGCUGGGCACGAACCUCGUCCGCGUUUUGCCCGGCACCUGUGUGACCUUCGUCGUCUACGAGAACCUCGCAUGGCUUCUGCGCACGUCGGCUCUGCGCCGCACCCAGCGGAAAUUAGUUGGCACGAGCUGUUAG